CCGGGCGCAGCGGGGAAGGAGAGCCGGGCGGAGAAGAUUGAGGAGGAGGACAAGGAGGGUGGCGUCUGCCAACGGAGACGACAAGAUGUCUAACUCCAGCGAGAGCAUUCCGGAGAGCAACAGCGUAGGUGGCAGCACCUACGGCAGGCGGGAGGUGGUGAGAAAGCCGAAGGCGUACGACCAGCGGCCGAAGAUGUUGAGACGGAAGAGGAAGUACGACCACUUCCUGCCGCCGCGCACGGAGAUGGUUACGCGCGGCGCCAAGCUGCCCAAGUACACGUUUGAGAAGCGCACGCAUCAGAAGAUCCUCGCCGAGCCGAUCAACAUCAAGGUGAAGAGUCCGCCGGCGGCGACGCAGCUUCCGAAGAAGCCCCGCGGCCGGCCGCCGCUCAACCCGCGACGCAGCGUGGAGGAUGCUCAGCCUCCUCCUCCGCAGCCGCAGCCGCAGCCGCAGCCUCCGCAGCAGCAGCAGCAGCAGCAGCAGCCGACGAUGCAUGUUAAACACUCGCACCAUCGACAGGAGAUUGACGGUCAGGCGCUGCUGCUGCUAAAUCUACCCACGGUGCAGGAGCACCUUGAACUGAAGCUGGGGCCCGCCGUGAAGCUCUGUCAUCACAUCGAGAGGGUCAAGGUCGCUUUCUUCGCACAGUUUGCCAAGUAG